AUGCCACUUGGGGAAGAAAAUCCUCCCGCCGCACGCCCAACCGCGACAUCGUCGAUCCGAGUCGUCCCUAGUUACUCGUUGUUGCUGCUGCUUCUGAAGGCAGUGAAUCUGCGGUGCCCUCGGUGUCCAUGUCUCCAGUCCGCCGCCUUCACCGUUAAUCAGGCACCGAGGUCAUUUCCGCCAUCAGUGCCAUCGAUCUCCUCGUCCCGUCAGCGAGGUCCUUGUUACUACAGUCGUCGAUCAAAUUUACGCUGCGCCACCGUUGUCUUCUCCUGCCGCCGCUCGUUGCCGUUUCCUCUCAGUACUCUCACCUCUUCUCCGUCAAAACAUGGAUUCUCAUAUCUACACUCCAGAAUCCAGACCCAUGAUAAGAUAAUCCAACUCAACCUUCGAGAUUAA